CUACCAUCAUUGUCCCCCCCUCUCUCUCUGUUGUUUCUCUUUCUAUAAUAAAAGGCUACAACUUUGGGGAAAGGAAAAACAAGUACUAGUGAGGUAGUUGUAGUUGUAUUUGUAAUAGUAGUGAAUGUUGAUAAAAUUUAGUGAUGGAUGCAUAUGAAGCAACAAAGAUAGUUUUAUCAAGGAUUCAAAAUUUGGAUCCAGAAAAUGCAUCAAAAAUUAUGGGUUAUAUAUUGAUACAAGACCAAGGGGAUAAAGAGAUGAUAAGAUUAGCUUUUGGUCCAGAAACCCUUUUGGUUUCUUUAGUCAAUCAAGCUAAAGUUCAUUUAGGACUUUCAUCAAACACUUCAUCUGCAUCAUCAAAGUUGAACCUUUUUCAUCAAUCUUCACCAAGAAUCAUGAUUCCUAAUAAUGGGGUUUCUUCUUCACCUGCUACUUCUCCUUGGUCUACUAAUGGUUCACCGGUUUUUGCUAGAAGUCCUAGACCAAUGGCCGCAGGAGUAGUAGUAGGAGGAGGAGGAGGAGGAGGGGGAGGGUCUAGUUCACUUUCUUAUGCUGCUGUUGUGAAUGGUUCUGCUAAUGCUCUUUCUGGGUCUUCAACACCUUUUUAUGACAACCCAAAUAAUGAUGAGUAUGGUAGUAGUAACAGUGUUCAAGAACACUUCUCUUUUCUUGAUGAAUCAAUGGAUCCAAUUAUGAGUCCAAGUGGAAGAAGUGAUUCUUUAAUUUUCCCUUAUGGGAAUUGUGAGGAAGCACCUCAUAAUCAUCUUCAUCGUAGGAGUUGUUCAGUUAAUGAUGUUUUUCUUGGUGGUGGUUCAGAUGAUGUUGGUGGUGGUAGUGGGGGGUUUGGUUGGAGGCCUUGCAUGUAUUAUGCUAGAGGCUUUUGUAAGAAUGGGACUAGUUGUAAGUUUAUGCAUAGUGGCGGAGGGUUUCUUGAUUCUACUUUACCUGAUGGGUCUAGUAGUAUUGUUGGUUCUCCUAGUAAAGCUGACUCUUUUGAUGAUUUUCUAAGGAUGAAGGCCUUACAACAACAGCAAAGGUUUGCUGCUGCCUCUCUUAUGGCUUCUGGUGCUGCUGCUCACCAUCAUCCAAUUGCUUAUAACAGGUGCAUGAACCUCUUGAAUGAUAACCAAAGUGUGAACUGCAGAUCGGCUGCCGUGGCAUUUAUGAUGGGAGAAGAAUUUCACAAAUUUGGUAGGUGCCGACCUGAUAGAAAUGAAUUUUCAGCAAUGGCCCUGGGUGGUAUUUCAAAUUCAACUUCGCGACAAAUUUACCUAACGUUUCCUGCUGAUAGCACAUUUAAGGAGGAGGACGUGUCUAGUUACUUUAGUAUGUAUGGGCCAGUCCAAGAUGUUAGAAUUCCAUAUCAGCAGAAGAGAAUGUUUGGAUUCGUUACGUUUGUCUACCCGGAAACUGUUAAGCUGAUCUUGGCUAAAGGAAACCCUCAUUUUGUGUGUGAUUCUCGGGUACUUGUAAAGCCCUACAAGGAAAAGGGAAAAGUCGCAGAAAAGAAGCAACUUCAGCAACAACAGCAUCAAAUUGAUAGAGGAGAGCUGUCGACCUGUUUAAGCCCAUCAGGGCUUGAAUCUAGGGAGCCAUAUGACCUUCCCUUUGGAGCAAGAAUGUUCUAUAAUUCGCAUGAGGUGAUGUUGAGAAGAAAAAUAGAGCAGGAGGCUGAAUUACAGCAAGCCAUUGAACUUCAAGGCAGAAGGUUAAUGAAUUUGAAACUGCUGGACCUGAAGAAUCAACAUUGCAAUGAUCACUUCCCACCCAGCCUCUCUCCUGGUCUUCCAGCGGCUUCCCAGAUGCAGUUUAACUCUCAAAACAAUCACAGUCUUGUUCCUGUGUCGAAUGACAUUGAUCAAGAAGGCUUUGCAGAAAGUAGUGAUACCCAUGAAGCUACCAAGUCCCCCGGUAAUGCAGCUGAUGAGAAGGUGCCUCAUGAAAUGCUGCCUAGUGAUCUUGGGAAUGGAAGUGGCAUCAAGGAGCAGACCACCACUACUGACAACUCUAAUCUUCAAGAAAGCAGCUUGGAGCACAUCCUUCCUGAUAACCUUUUUGCUUCUCCUACCAAAUCAGCUGCAGAACACCAGGCUGCAUUCUCUACUGAUUCAGCUGAAGCUGGCGUUAGUUCCCCAAUAACUAUUGCUACUUCUAACAAUAUCCCUAUGCUUCCCACAACUUCUACCCUCAACAUGGCUUCUCUUAAAUCAUGUUACUUCCACAUGCCUAGGUUUACUUCUGGGCAAGAAGCCAUUGAAAUGUAGGUGUUAGAGUUGUGCAUGGCUAGCUAGGAGGGAUUAACUUAGAAACAUUUGAGUAGUAGCAUAUACAAGAAGUAAAAAGUCCUCUAGCUGUAUAGCCAAACUAUACCAUCAACAGAAGAAAAGAUCAUCGGUAAGGAAGAUCUGCUCAAGAUUGUUGUCAUCAUCAAUACCAUACUACUUACUACAAAUACAUAAUGUAUACGUAAAGGACUGAUGAACUGAUUAAUGGGAGUUGGGUUUUUCUCUCUCUCUCUCUAUUUUCUACCCGUUUUGUAGUUGUGUGCUGGACCACACUGAACAAUAGCAAAAAUUAAAGGCAGGCUAGUAGUAACCCCCCCCCCCCCCCCCGCGGGUCCUCCUCUGUUUUUACUGUUGUAACUUGCUAUGAUGUAAAAAUUAAAGUCGAAAAUGAAAAUGCCUUUUAGAUCA